AAAUGGGUUGAAGGGAACCUGCAGGGCAAAAUAUUGAACUCUCCACUUGCUCAAAUUGGUGCAACAUCAUAUGGAAAUUUGCAAAAUAGAGACGACACUCAAAAUUACUUGAUAUACAACAACCAUGGAGACAACAACCAUCAACAAGCCAAAACAGAGAACGCCCAAAUUGGUUUAUCAUCAUAUGGUGAUCUGCGGAAUGAGGACGACACUCAAAAUUACUUGGAAUACAAUAGCAAAGGAGACAACAAUCAUCAACAAGCCAAAACAGAGAACGCCCAAAUUGGUUUAUCAUCAUAUGGUGAUCUGCGGAAUGAGGACGACACUCAAAAUUACUUGGAAUACAAUAGCAAAGGAGACAACAAUCAUCAACAAGUCAAAACAAAGAACGCCCAAAUUAGUUUAUCAUCAUAUGGUGAUCUGCGGAGUGAGGACGAAACUCAAAAUUACUUGACAUACAACAACAAAGGAGACAACAAUCAUCAACAAGCCAAAACAGAGAAUGCCCAAAUUGGUUUAUCAUCAUAUGGUGAUCUGCGGAAUGAGGACGACACUCAAAAUUACUUGAUAGACAUCAACAAAGGAGACAACAAUCAUCAACAAGUCAAAACAGAGAAUGCCCAAAUUGGUUUAUCAUCAUAUGGUGAUCUGCGGAAUGAGGACGACACUCAAAAUUACUUGAUAGACAUCAACAAAGGAGACAACAAUCAUCAACAAGUCAAAACAGAGAAUGCCCAAAUUGGUUUAUCAUCAUAUGGUGAUCUGCGGAAUGAGGACGACACUCAAAAUUACUUGAUAGACAUCAACAAAGGAGACAACAAUCAUCAACAAGUCAAAACAGAGAAUGCCCAAAUUGGUUUAUCAUCAUAUGGUGAUCUGCGGAAUGAGGACGACACUCAAAAUUACUUGAUAGACAUCAACAAAGGAGACAACAAUCAUCAACAAGUCAAAACAGAGAAUGCCCAAAUUGGUUUAUCAUCAUAUGGUGAUCUGCGGAAUGAGGACGACACUCAAAAUUACUUGAUAGACAUCAACAAAGGAGACAACAAUCAUCAACAAGCCAAAACAGAUGAUGCCCAAAUUGGUAUCUCAUCAUAUGGUGACUUGCAGAAUAAGGACGACACGCAAAAUACGCUGAUAUACAACAAUCAUCAAGAAGCAAAAACAGAGAAUGCACAUAUCCAUUCAUCAUCCCACAUUGAUCCUUCUUUAAGAGUUUUCUUCCUUAUGGACGAUCUAAAGCUAAGAAAAGAAAUAUUUAUCUCCUUUCCAAGAAGGGAUCUUUAUCCCUCUCCAAAAUUCUUGAGCAAGGAAGAAGCUAAUUCCAUUCCAUUUUCACUAAAGGAACUCCCAAACCUCCUUCAACGUUUCUCAUUCUCUCGUAACUCUCCAGAGGCGAAAGUUAUGGAAGAAACACUGAAAGUAUGUGGGAUUCCACCUAUAAAAGGAGAAACAAAGUACUGUGCCACAUCACCAAAGGCAAUGGUUGAUUUUGUUCAAGAAAUAAUGGGAGAUAAAACAGAAAUCAAAGCUCUAUCCACAACUCAUUUCUCAAAUUCAACUCCCCUGCUUCAAAAGUAUAUUAUUUUGGAUACUCCAGAAGAAGUAGAAACUCCUAAGAUGGUGGCAUGUCAUACCAUGCCUUACGCUUACGCGAUUUUCUACUGUCAUCACACAGUUAGCAAGAGCAAAGUGUUCAAGGUUUCAUUAGGUGGCGAAAAUGGUGAUAAAGUGAAAGCAAUUGCUGUUUGUCACUUGGAUACCUCUGAAUGGAGUCCAUCUCACGUAUCUUUUCGAGUGCUCGGUAUAUCAUCAGGAACAUGCCCAAUUUGUCACUUUUUUCCAUCAGAUAAUCUACUCUGGGUUCCAAAAUUCGCCAUUGCACAAGUGAUUUGAAGGAGCACUCUCUCUAUGUUAUCAGCAGCUUUGUGUGCUACUGUUUGAUUACUACAUGUUAUUGUGAAUUAGUAAUAUUUUCAUGCAUCUUUUCUGUACUGUUUCAGUGUGCCUCUUGUUUUGCUCACUUUUCAAUGGUGAGAUAUAAAUAAAACUAGUAAAUAU